UGAAAAUUUGGAACAGGAUAAAUCAACCAAUCGAACCAAAAGGUUAGCUUUCAAAUUUAAUUUCUUCUUCUUCUUAACUAUCCUAAUGACUAAUGUUUGAGAGUGUUUGAAAAGGAAUUUAACAUAUUCGAUAAAUUAAAAAAAAAUAAAUGAAUACGCUAUUUACCGGGACGAAAUAUGGACAUUGAUCGAUUAUUGGUCAGAAACGCUUCAAUUGAUUUUUCUUUGAAUUUUGACAAAUGAACUUAGAGUCAGUCACAGACCAUAGGAUAUCAGCCAGUAGCAGUGACCCAGAUACCAAACACAAUGUGCAGUUAAAGAGACGUUGCAGUUAAUGCUGCCAAAUGUCUUGUGCAACCCUGGGAUUGUUUCUUAUUCUGCAUCUACCACCGGUACAAGGGGGAAAAAAACGAACGAGAAAAUCUCUGGUGGUCUAGACCUGUUGUUCACCUGAUGUUGUUGUUUUCAAGUUUUAAAAAAACAAACUGUUUUAUUGAGGUAAGGAUAUAACCGAGCUUCAUUUACAACUGUUUUAUUGAGGUAAAGAUAUAACCGCCUUCAUUUACAACUGUUUUAUUGAGGUAAAGAUAUAACCGAGCUUCAUUUACAACUGUUUUAUUGAGGUAAAGAUAUAACCGAGCUUCAUUUACAACUGUUUUAUUGAGGUAAGGAUAUAACCGAGCUUCAUUUACAACUGUUUUAUUGAGGUAAGGAUAUAACCGAGCUUCAUUUACAACUGUUUUAUUGAGGUAAGGAUAUAACCGAGCUUCAUUUACAACUGUUUUAUUGAGGUAAAGAUAUAACCGAGCUUCAUUUACAACUGUUUUAUUGAGGUAAAGAUAUAAACGAGCUUCAUUUACAACUGUUUUAUUGAGGUAAAGAUAUAACCGGGCUUCAUUUACAACUGUUUUAUUGAGGUAAAGAUAUAACCGAGCUUCAUUUACAACUGUUUUAUUGAGGUAAAGAUAUAACCGAGCUUCAUUUACAACUGUUUUAUUGAGGUAAAGAUAUAACCGAGCUUCAUUUACAACUGUUUUAUUGAGGUAAAGAUAUAACCGAGCUUCAUUUACAACUGUUUUAUUGAGGUAAAGAUAUAACCGAGCUUCAUUUACAACUGUUUUAUUGAGGUAAAGAUAUAACCGAGCUUCAUUUACAACUGUUUUAUUGAGGUAAGGAUAUAACCGAGCUUCAUUUACAACUGUUUUAUUGAGGUAAAGAUAUAACCGAGCUUCAUUUACAACUGUUUUAUUGAGGUAAAGAUAUAACCGGGCUUCAUUUACAACUGUUUUAUUGAGGUAAAGAUAUAACGGAGCUUCAUUUACAACUGUUUUAUUGAGGUAAAGAUAUAACCGAGCUUCAUUUACAACUGUUUUAUUGAGGUAAAGAUAUAACUGGGCUUCAUUUACAAAUGUCUUAUUAAGUUAAGGAUAUAACUGGGCUUCAUUUACAAAUGGGCUUUAAAAACAGCAGGAGAAUAACAACAACGAACGUUUGCUUGUAUAAUUCUAAUGCGUCAUUUAUGUAGGGUUUAAUACUCUAAAGGAAUUCUGUCACUGAGCAGCUGUAAAAAUUGUUGAGGAGAGAAAACCAAUAGUGUUAUUUUAGAGAAGUCUAAUUGUGGAGAGAAAUACUAAUAGAGUUAUUUAGAGGAGUCUUAAUGUUGAGAUAAAUAGAGUCUUAAUUUUUUAUCAUCAUAUUGAUACAUCUGGGACAAAUUUGUACAUCACGUUAGUAGAAAACAUGAGUUCACCAUAAUUAUAAGUUAUGUACAGCACAACAUCACAUCAGUAAAGCCCAUUAAGUAUAGCACACCAUCACAUCAGUACAGCACACCAUCACAUCAGUACAGCACAACAUCACAUCACUACAGCAAAACAUCACAUCACUACAGCAAAACAUCACAUCACUACAGUAAAACAUCACAUAAGUACACCACAUCAGUACAUCACAAAAUCACAUCAGUACACCACAUCAGUACAACACAACAUCACAUCAGUACAUCACAACAUCAAACCAGUACAUCAAAACACCACAUCACUACAGCAAAACAUCACAUCACUACAGCAAAACAUCACAUAAGUACACCACAUCAGUACAUCACAAAAUCAUAUCAGUACACCACAUCAGUACAACACAACAUCACAUCAGUACACCACGUCAGUACAACACAACAUCACAUCAGUACACCACAUCAGUACAACACAACAUCACAUCAGUACAUCACAACACCACCUCAUUACACCACAUCAGUACAGUACAACACCACAUCUGUACACCACAUCAGUACAACACAACAUCACAUUAGUACAGCACAACACCACAUCAGCACACCACAUCAGUACAGCACAACAUCACAUCAGUCCAGCACAACAUCACAUCAGUCCAGCACAACAUCACAUCAGUCCAGCACAACAUCACAUCAGUACAGCACAACAACACAUCAGUACACCACAUCAGUACAUCACAACACCACAUCAGUACACCACAUCAGUACAGCAAAACACCACAUUAAAACACCACAUCAGUACAGCACAACAUCACAUCAGUACAGCGGAACACCAUCAGUACAGCACACCAAAAACAUCGGUACACCACAUCAGUACAGCACAACAUCACAUCAGUACAGCACAUCAGUGCAGCACAACAUCACAUCAGUACAGCACAUCAGUGCAGCACAACAUCACAUCAGUACAACGUAUCAAUACAACAUAUUAGUACGUCAGUACGUCAGGUACUCAUAUCAGUGCACACCAUCAUUCCACCAUAUCAUCAUAGUAGUACCUCACAUCAUAAGAAAACCUCAGUUCAGCACAUUAUUUCAAGACAUCAGUACAACGCAUCGGGACACUAAAUUAGUACAGCACACCAGUACACCACAUCAGUACAGCACAUAUGUACAAUGAGUACAACACAUUAGUGACACUCAACAAUACGGAACAUGAAUGCAACUAAUGUAUAAAACACUUACAAAAAAAAAAAAAAAAAAAAAAAAAAAAAAAAAAAAAAAAUAAUAAAAAAAGAAAAAAAAAAAAAAAAAAAAUAAAAUAAAAAAAAAAAAAAAAAAAAAAAAAAAUUAUUGUAAAAAUAAAAAAAAAAAAAAAAAAAAAAAAAGAUCAAAAAAAAAAAAAGAUCACAAAAAAAAAAAGAUCACAAAAAAAAAAGAACAAAAAAAGAAAACCAUGAUGCCAAAUAAUUCCAAUAUAUGUUCGAUUAACUGAGAUCAACGCUCCACCCAAAUAAUGAGCCAUGUGUAAUAAAGAAGUGAAAAAAAAAAACCUUUUUAAAUUAGAGAUUUCCAAGAAAAUGUUUACAUGCGAAGCUACUGAGAGUGCAGACCUCGGUUGCUAUAGAUCACAAGGACAGCUUCUUCACGACAAUCAAAAUGUGUAAUUUUUAUCAUUUAUUUCACAAGAGAUAAGUUGUUGUUUUUUCUUCUUGUAUCUGCAGCCAACAUCGUGGCGGGCUGGAGGGAAAUCUGCGAGAGUCCCUUACCCCGAGUUGGUCUGGUUGAGACUGUUGAAGGAGCUCCACCAUUUACCGGACGAUUGAACUGUCACGCCGAUGAGGGUACGGGAAGCGGGCGCCUUCGACACGAACAAACACGACACGCCGCCUCUGACGUCAGAUCUGCGCCGGAAGUUGUAAUCGCUUGCCGGAUUUGCCAAAUUUAUUCUGAUAAUAGCGGCCACUAUUUGGGAAACUGCUUACAUAGGGUUUCCCUGGACAUUCAGGGGAGACAAGACAGUACAAGACAUCAAACAAGACAUCUCUUCCCUCCAUUAGAAUUACAAAUCGUCGCCAUGUCUUACCCUACCCACAAUUCCCCUCCACAUUCGCCGAUCGCAAAUAUAACCCUGACGUCACCCUGUCCACAAACCACGUCGAUCUUCACCAUCAGGGCACAGGACGCAGCCUCCAUGGUGAGUGAGGUACAAAAGGACGACGACUCCAGGCACUGCUACCUGCUCCAUCUCAACCUGCGGCCUCUGUUCAGCGAUGACGUCAUUCCGGGCUCGUGCCUGCGGAGGCUGCUGAGACUGGUGAACGGCAUCCCGCUGGGCGCAGGACUUCUCUCUCGCGACCAGCUCAGGGGCAUUCAGUGGCGGCUGGUGGAGGGCGGCAACACGGCCCUGACCUUCAUCUCGUGCCCGCUGUUGGUGGAGGAGGCGGAGGAAUCCAAGAACUGCCUGAAGGACAGGUUGGCCAAGCAGGCGCACGCCGUGUUCGGUGACAUCACGGUCAAGGCCGGCGUGGUGCUGUCGCGGUGCCUGGAGUACAGCGAGGACAUCGUCCUCAACGACAUCGCGGUCGUCAACGGGGAGGGGCUGCAUUUUAGAGAUUAAACUCUGUGCAUUAGUGUAGAGUAACUGGUGUGCAAAUUGGGUGAUUCUUUUUGUUAGACGUGCGCACAAAGGGAGUGUCACUAAAAAUAGACAUGACACACAGUUGGAUGUGUGAACAAAUUUACUCAAAAGAAUAUCAUUUAGAAAGGCACUUAAGUUUAAUUAUAUUAAACAACAUUUCUUUUGUUGGUGGCAACU